AAUUCCAUGCCACUUUUGGUGAUAACUGGGCCUCCAUGUUCAGGGAAAACGACAGUUGUUGAAAGGGUUGUCAAAUUUCUUUACGCGAAAGGAUUUGAUCGAAUAGAAAUAGUUGCAGACGAUCGAAAUGCUUUUUUUUUAAGGAAUUUUUAUAAUGAUUCAUAUAGAGAACGAGAACAUCGAGCUAUUUUGCGAUCCGAGGUGCAGCGAAUUUUGACCAAAGAUAUUUUUGUUAUUUGCGAUUCACUGAAUUAUAUAAAAGGAUUUCGAUAUGAAUUAUUUUGCAUUGCAAAGUUAAUGCAAACAACUUUUGCUGUGGUCCACUGUGAUGCUUCCGCCCAAACUUGUAUUUACUAUAAUAAUCAGCCAGAAAAUCUUGAAAAAUACGAAGAGAAAACUAUUAUUGAUUUGCUUUCUCGUUAUGAGCGACCAGAAUCGAAAAAUCGAUGGGAUUCUCCUUUAUUUACUUUAUCCAUUGGAACUCGGCAGGAUUCUAGGACAUUUGACGAAGUUCCUGUAACAAAUGAUCUUAUUCAUCCUGGUCCGCGACUUGUUGAUCUGCCUGUUGAUCAGAUUUUUUCUUGUUUGAUCCAGGGAAAAAAGUUGGAGGCAAAUAUGAGUACGGAAAAUCCACCACUGUUGUCAUCUGAUUUUCUGCAAGAAGUAGAUAAUGUGACGCAAAAAAUCGUGCACCAUAUUGUUGAACAACAGAGAUAUGCUGCAGUGGGUAGUUACAUAACUGUACCAUACUGUGGAAUAGAAAAUAAGGAAAAGAUAUUAUUUAAGCGACAAAGAAGCAUCGCUGAGUAUUCUCGUUUACGGCGAAAAUUUGUUAAUUAUAUGAAAACCCACCCAAUUGAUGGCAAAUCGCGUAUCGCUGUACUUUUUGUAGACUUUUUGAAUUCUGGUUCGUAA